GCGAGGCGGUGGUGCAGCCCGGAGCACCCGGCAGCGGCGAGGCCGGGCACCCAGGACCGCUCCCCACGCCGAGAAGAGGAAGGAAAGGAGGAAGGAAGGAAGAAGCAAGCAAAGCCCCCCUUCCUAAGGAUGACACUAAACACCCAGCAAGAAGCAAAAACCUCCCUGCGCCGGCGAGCCAGCACUCCUCUGCCCCUGUCCCCCCGGGGGCGCCAGCCUGGCCUCUUGUGCACAGCACCUUCUGCAAAAUCUCAGCAUCCGCGGCUGGGCCAAUCAGCUUCCCUCAACCCUCCUGCCCGGCAACCUUCACCUGCUCCCAACAGUUGGUCCUCCGAAUCCAGUGACUCUGAAGGCUCCUGGGAGGCUCUCUACCGCGUGGUGCUGCUCGGCGAUCCUGGUGUGGGGAAGACCAGCCUGGCCAGCCUCUUUGCAGGGAAGCAGGAGCGGGACCUCCAUGAGCAGCUGGGAGAAGAUGUAUACGAGAGGACCCUCACAGUGGACGGGGAGGACACCACGCUGGUGGUCAUGGACACCUGGGAGGCUGAGAAAAUGGCAUGGAAACCCAGAAGAGAGCAGCACAGACGUGUCCCCUCACCUCACGGUGCUCACAGACAGAACGAAAGCGGGAGCCACGAAUCGUGCCUGCAGGUGGGCAGCGCCUAUAUCAUCGUGUAUUCCAUCGCAGACAGAGGCAGCUUCGAGAGUGCCUCUGAGCUCCGCAUUCAGCUGCGGCGCACGCACCGGGCGGACCAUGUGCCCAUCAUCCUGGUGGGCAACAAGGCGGACCUGGCACGCUGCCGGGAAGUUUCUGUGGAAGAGGGUCGCGCCUGCGCUGUGGUGUUCGACUGCAAGUUCAUCGAGACUUCGGCCACCUUGCAGCACAACGUGGCGGAGCUCUUCGAAGGCGUGGUGCGCCAACUGCGCUUGCGCCGCCGGGACAGUGCGGCCCGGGAGCCACCCGGGUCGCGAAGGCGGUCAAGCCUGGGCCAGCGCGCGCGGAGAUUCCUGGCACGCCUGACAGCCCGCAGCGCCCGCCGCCAGGCGCUCAAGGCCCAAUCCAAGUCCUGCCACAACCUCGCCGUGCUGUGAAGCCGCCCUCCGUCCAGCAGUGCAGACACUAGCGCAUGUUCUGGGCUCCACGGAUGCCACCGAGACGCACCAGUGUCCUGGAGUCCACUUGGUAGGCCUUACCCAUCUGCUUCCCUGAAGGUCGCAGCAUCCCCAGAGCUCCAGCUUUAGGUAACUCUCCAUCUGGGGAAGCAAUGGACAAACAAGGGUCGAAGCCCCAAACUGGACAGAGUAGGGUCUUUAUGGGGUGCCUGUCUUUUUGUAAAAAUAUUCCUUGUUCCUUGGCUCUGUCCCUGAUUGACUCUGGCCCAUGCUCAGAGACACCCCCAACACACAAUAAAUCAGAACAGAAAGAUGACCCGUCAAAAUGACCAGACCUCUUCUUUUGGGCGCUUGCAGGCCUCUCCACCCUUGCUCUCCCAUCUACACUGGCUGCAGCCAGCCAGCUGGUGUCUAUCUGGGGUGAGUCAAGAAAAUCACUGCACCAAUUGUGUGUUCAGGCCCUGCUCCCCACCGCUGGGCGCAGCCCCUGCCUUUGGUCUUUGAGGGACUCACAGUUCAGUUUAUAACCUGCUAUUUUCUCAUCACCCUUUUUUUUUUUAGAAUAUAGAUUUAUAAAAAUUAUCUGGAAGACCUGUCUGCACUCAUGCUAGCAAUAUAAUAGUUGGUGUUCGUUGUGAGCUAUGUACUAAGCUGUCACAACUCUUAAUCUUCACAACCCCUGUCUGCUAAUUAGGAAACUGAGGCAUGGGCUGGUGCUCAAGAUCAUGCAUGACUCUACCCAGGCUUGUCAGGCUAGAGACUGUGUCAGUCUAUAAUCCUCUUGGAGAAUGUGACCACAGAUAGCAAAUUCAGGGCCAAAUACUUUCAAACACACUUUUGCAUAUAAUUUAAAAGGGGAGAGAGAGGUGGACUCCGUAAAACUCAACCCAUGAAAACUUCUUUGCAAAGGGGAGCGUGAAGCCCAGGGAGGGGAAGCAAGCACCCCAGGAGCACCCCAGGAGCACCCAGCCAGUGAGGGUGAGAACUGGACCCCAGAGUUCCACCUCCUCCUAUGUCUGUGCAUGAAGUAGGAGGUGGUGAGGCAUCCAGCCUGUCUGGGGCUGGGCCUUGGGGUCAGGUCAGGAGUUUCCAGUCUAAGGGAAAAGGGUGUCACUACUUUCAGAGGAGAACAAGACGCAAACAGUUUGGGCCACUGUGUCCCCGAUGACUGAUACCCCUGCCCCCAACCGGCUGCCCUCCUGGAUGCCUCAGCCCCCUACAUGCACCAUGUCCCAGGCAGCUGAAACAGCCCAAAGAAGACCAAGCGGUAGUGGGCGGGCCAUGUCCUCCAGCUGCAAUCCCCUGAUCUUGCCAGGCCGGCACUGAUGGCACUUAUUUCCCCAUCCCAACUACAGCCUGGGGAAGAGAAGAGGAGGAGGGUCUUCCCUCACCCCAAGCUGUCUGCGGCCUGCGGUCGGGGAGGGGCUAUGGUUGUGGAAAGUUGGC